CGGUCAACCCGGACCUCGGGGCAGGACGGCGAAGCGAGGGACGGUGCUUGUCACGCGUGAGGGAACGCCUAGCCUCCGCCCUUCCGACCUGGACUUCACUUCACUGACGAGAGGGGAAGAAAACGCUGUCUGCGACCGCACGCCCAGCACGCCUCUUGCGGUGGGUGGACGGGCGACACCGGAAGUGGGCGGGGUAACCUGAAACGCUUCCGGCGACUAGCGGUGUUUGAGGUGCAGGUGAGCGGCGGGUUCCCGUCCGCGUCCCGCCGGCGGGCGACUGGACGCCCUCGCGGCCGUGCGGUGCAGCGUUGCGAGAGCUCAAAAUGAAUUAUAUGCCCGGCACCGCCAGCCUCAUCGAGGACAUCGACAAAAAGCAUUUGGUCCUACUUCGAGAUGGAAGGACACUUAUAGGUUUUUUAAGAAGCAUUGAUCAAUUUGCUAACUUAGUGCUCCAUCAGACUGUGGAGCGGAUUCAUGUGGGCAAAAAGUACGGUGAUAUUCCUCGAGGGAUAUUCGUGGUCAGAGGAGAAAAUGUGGUCCUACUAGGAGAAAUAGACCUGGAGAAGGAGAGUGACACACCCCUUCAGCAAGUGUCUAUUGAAGAGAUCCUAGAAGAGCAGAGGGUACAACAGCAGACCAGACUGGAGGCAGAGAAGCUGAAGGUCCAGACCCUUAAAGAUCGGGGUCUCUCCAUUCCUCGAGCAGACACUCUGGACGAGUACUGAGUCCUUGCUCAGAGAUUGCUCUAGAGAGCAGGUGCUGUCGCCUGGUCAUCUCACACAUUUGACCAGAGUAUCACAUUGAACAGUGAUCUCAUUCUUUCAUGGAUGCCAACAUGAAGAAAUCAUAGGGUUUUGUUUUGUUUUGUUUUUUUAACAAAAUCAUUAUAUAUUAGUUUUGGUUUUCUUUUUCAAACAGUCUCAAGAAAUAGUCCUGGCUGACCUAGAACUCACUAUGUAAACCAGGAUGACCUCUAGCUUGUGGGAUUGCAGGUGGCCUCCACCAGCCCAGCUUUACUAUUGAAACAAACAGUGGCAUGACCUCUCUUCACACAAGCCACUGUGGAGCCAAGAAUCAUGUCUUUAUAUUGCUUAUCUCAGAGUUUACAUUUCUUUUCAAAAAAUAUUUCAUUUACUUGUAAAUAAAAAAUGAAUCUCAGAACUG